AUGGGUUGUGCUGAUAAAAUUCCAAAGAAACGUGGCCGCCCUCGUCUAGAUAAACAUGUAACAUAUAACACUAAUAGUUCUGAUAGCGGAUGCCAAAGUAAUGCAAGUGAAUUUAAAUAUGCAUUAAAUGGACCAUUAAUCGCCGUAGUAAAGGAUAAAAAUUUCUAUAGUUCAUUUAUUGUGGAUGAUACAGUAAUUUCAGUGGGUGACAGCGUAGACAUAUUAGUGAGGAUUCGUAAAAAUGGGAACAGGGAUACCAAAUUGGGGAAAAUAGCAUCAAUAUUUGAGCAAACUACAAAUCGCAAGCAGUUAUUUGUCGAGAUUGCAUACUUUUUCGAUAGAAACGAGGGGAUAGUCAAGGGCAAGGGUUACACAUUCACAAACUGGACCGGUUUCUCCCAUGAAAAUGAAGUAAUUGCCUCAAACAAAUUUGAAUACGUAGAGGCUGAUUCCAUCGACGAGUUAAUUAAUGUGCACAAUGACUUUCAGAGUUACAAAAAUGCAGUAAUGGAUUAUGAAGACGAAGAGACGAAUGUAUUUUGCCAAUACAUUUGUUACACUGAAAAUUGUGCAAUAGUACCAUUUCAAGGCGAUAAAGAAUGGGAUAAAAUCAUGUUAAAGUACAGCAAGCACUAUCACUUGUAUGUUAAAGAAGAUAAAAGUAGAAAAUCCAUUUUGGGGAGGGAGAUUGAGAUGAAUAAGUUGAAGAGUUUUUUGGAAAUGAACAUACGACAGGAAGGCACUGGACAGAUUUUAUAUGUUACAGGAGUUCCUGGAACUGGAAAAACUAAAACAGUAUCUUUGGCAAUCGAGGAAAUGGUAGAACUAUCAAAAUUGGGGAUUCUACCAGAUUUUGAUGUUGUAGACAUCAACGCUACACAGUUUAAGAAUGCUAAAGAUAUAUACAAUGCCAUUUACACUAAACUAUUUUCAACAACAGCAAAUAAUUAUCAUCAAUCACUCAAACUGUUAGAUGAAGAAUUUUCCAAAGAUCGUGAUAAACCUUGCGUCUUAUUAAUUGAUGAAGUGGAUUAUCUGCUAACUCGGUCCCAGUCUGUACUUUUUACAUUGUUCAACUGGCCAACAUACCGCGGAUCAAAGAUCAUUUUGAUAAUGAUUUCCAAUACAAUUGACCUUCCUAAUAGACUCAAAAGCUCCUGCCAUAGCAGGUUAGCGUUUGGAACGCUUGUUUUCACUCCCUACACUGGGCAACAACUCAAUAAUGUGUUGAGCUGCAUUUCGACACAAGAUAGUUUACCCAUCAAUUUGUGUGCGAAAAGAGUUGCUAAUUAUUGUGGUGAUAUGAGGAAGGCUUUACACAUUUACGAAAAGGCACAAGAUUUGGGGAAAGGAAAACUUACCGUGCAGAAUGUUAACAAAGCUUCGAACUCCAUUUUACAGUCACUUGUAGAUAAGAUUAAAGAUUUACAAUGGUGCUAUAAAUGUGUUUUGACUUGUUUGGUAACUUCGGGAGAAGAUAUGAUAUCCGUUCGACAUCUACAUCAUAAAUUUAUCGGCAUAACAUCAGUUGCAUAUUCUGAAAUCGAUCUAUCCGACUUUCAACCACAAUACUUCAAACUACUGUUGCUAAAGAUGAUAGCACUAGGACUAAUCAAAUUGGUUCCUGCUAUAUUUGAAAAUAGUACAGUUGGUAAUCUUAAUGAAAAAAGGACUGAUCCGGAAGAUUUUAUGGAUGAUACUGGGGUUAUACUUAUCCCUCCUUUAUCGCAAAUUGUGCUUGCUUUGUCAAAAGAUUCCUUUUGGGCACUCAAGUUACGACAGAUUAACUGUGCUUAA